CGUACUUACGUCGCAGCAAGAAACACUUCCAGGGACCGAGCCCACGGAUGGGGUCAACCAGAUCGUUCAGUGACGCCAACCGUGGCAGGCGACUUCGUUCAUGGACCGAGCCCUUCGCCAUCUCCUUCCUCCGCCUCGCCAGUCGCCACGCUGCCCACGUCCCGUUUCCUUCCGCUCUUGAACGCAUCUCCUAAGCACACACGCACACCAGCACAAAGAUCACACGCCCGUGCGCGCGCGCGAGGAGCAGAUCGACGCCUACUUUCGCCAUGGGCAAUUGCUUCGGCUCCCCUGACGCCGCCGCGAAAUCCACUGGUCCAAGGAAAGGGCAGCCGACAUGGCCCAAGGUAAGCGACGCCGGCAGCGGCGGGAGGCAAGAGAAGGGACGUCCGUGGCCGAGCGCGCCGGGGCGGGUUCUUGAGGAGCCGAGGCUGCGGGAGUUCACGCUGUCGGAGCUGCGGGCGGUGACGCGGGGGUUCAAGCCAGAGAUGGUGCUCGGGGAGGGCGGGUUCGGCCGGGUGUACAAGGGGUGGAUCGACGAGCGCACGCUCAACCCGGCCAAGAGCACCGCCGGCGUCGUCGUCGCUGUCAAGAAGCUCAACCCGGAGAGCGUCCAGGGCCUGCAGGAGUGGCAGUCCGAAGUCAACUUCUUGGGCAGAUUGUCGCAUCCGAACCUGGUGAGGCUCCUGGGCUACUGCGGCGAGAACAGGGAGCUGCUCCUGGUGUACGAGUUCAUGUCCAAAGGCAGCCUGGAAAACCAUCUCUUCAGGAGGGGUGCAACAUUUGAACCGCUCUCAUGGAGCCUACGGCUCAAGAUCGCCAUCGGCGCGGCGCGCGGCCUCGCCUUCCUGCACUCGUCGGAGAAGCAGAUCAUCUACAGGGACUUCAAGGCGUCGAACAUCCUCCUCGACUCGGAUUUCACUCCGAAGCUGUCAGACUUCGGGCUCGCUAAGAACGGCCCUUCCGCCGGGAAGUCGCACGUCACGACCCGGAUCAUCGGCACCUACGGCUACGCCGCGCCGGAGUACGUCGCCACCGGUCACCUGUACGUGAAGAGCGACGUGUACGGCUACGGCGUGGUGCUGCUGGAGCUCCUGACGGGGCUGCGCGCGCACGACCUGAACCGGCCGAGCCACCAGAGCAACCUGGUGGAGUGGGCGCGGCCGUACCUCUCCGGCAGGCGGAAGCUGACGAGCCUCAUGGACCAGCGGCUCGGCGGGCGGUACCCGCCCAAUGCCGCGCUCCGGGCCGCCAGGCUCGCGAACAAGUGCCUCUCAGGCGACCCCAAGAGCCGGCCGUCCAUGGCCGACGUCGUCGCCGCGCUCGAGGAGAUCGAGGCCCUGCAGGAGACCGCGGGGUCCAAGGGCCACCGGGAUCUGCCGCCGCGGCCCGUCGCACGACGGUCACCGUCACCGUAUCAUCAUGAUUCUUCCAAGCCGUGUUGAUGCAUGAUUACUUGAUCGCGCUGCUAAUUAAGAACACUUGGAUGCACAGCUACAUUGUUGAGCUUCUACUAAUCAACACAAAGUUAAUUCUUACUUUGCAA